UUUUGUCUAUGCGGUCUGUCAAUUUUCACAAAAUGACAUACUGAUUCGACCAGCUGUGAAUUUUCUAAAAAUUGCGUCUAAUUUAGCUGUAAUUAUAUUAGAAAUCGUUGUUUACUGUUACUCUGCAUCGUGUUCCCUUAUAGUUACGAAAAACUGCUAAAAAAAUGGCAUACGCCUACUUGUUCAAAUACAUCAUCAUUGGCGACACAGGUGUGGGUAAAUCAUGCCUGCUGCUACAGUUCACGGAUAAAAGGUUCCAGCCGGUUCAUGACCUCACAAUCGGAGUGGAGUUUGGGGCCCGCAUGAUCACUAUUGACGGCAAGCAGAUCAAACUGCAGAUAUGGGAUACUGCUGGACAGGAGGCAUUCAGGUCAAUUACGCGGUCGUACUACCGCGGCGCGGCGGGCGCGUUGCUCGUGUACGACAUCACGCGGCGGGACACCUUCAACCACCUCACCACGUGGCUCGAGGACGCGCGCCAGCACUCCAACUCUAAUAUGGUCAUCAUGCUCAUUGGAAACAAGAGUGACCUGGAGUCCCGACGUGAGGUGAAGAAGGAAGAGGGUGAAGCGUUCGCACGUGAACACGGACUAGUGUUCAUGGAGACAUCGGCCAAGACAGCCGCCAACGUCGAGGAGGCUUUCAUCAACACCGCCAAGGAGAUCUACGAGAAGAUCCAGGAGGGAGUCUUUGAUAUCAACAAUGAGGCGAACGGCAUCAAGAUCGGUCCGCAGCACUCGGCGGGCGGCGGCGCGGGGGCCGGCGGCGCGGGCGCGGGCGGCGCGGCGGGCGGCGGCUGCUGUUAGGUGCUGCACUGCACACACUGAACGCGGGGCCCGCGGGCAACUGAGGGAUGCAGCUGUGUGCAACGAACCUUGGUACGAAACUUACUGCAUGCCGGAUUAUUAGAUUAUUUUAUAUGCUGCAGAAUAGCUUGAGUCUGAACAAUAUUAUAGUGCCACUAGGCAUUUUCUAAUCAGUUCACAAAGUAUCAUAUUUUCUUCAUAAAUCAAUCUGCCAUCAAAAAAUAUUAAAUAAAAAACAAAAUUUCGGAGGUGCUAAUUUUUGUAGCGUACAGUUAUUUACCAAUAUAGUAAGUUUAUUGGCUUCCAUUAUUAAAUCAUUCAAUUGACAGUAUUGACCCAAAAUUAUUUUCUAUUUUCCGAUUUUACCUAAAGCCUCUUGUGUACCUAUUUUAAUAAAUAUUUUGUUUGAAGUGGCAGUAAAGUUUAUCUAAUCUCAUCUAUUUUAGGCAUUAUGCUACGCGUAUAAAUAGUACAUUUUCGAUUCUAACCUACGUCUUUUAGCGUCAAAAUUGAUUACUGAAGGACCAGACACAGGACAACAUUAGGCACUAUACUAGAUCCUUCAUAAGUUAAUGAAGCUUUUAUGUACUUUUGUGUGUAUGUAAAUUUGUGUAAAUUUAAUUUGCCGAUAUGUUAGUGUAAUGGUUCCACAAUAUCUCUCAUCUGGCAUUUAUUCAUGAAACAUGUUUUACAUAAUAUUCUAACCUAAAUCGUGUAUGUUGUAAAGUAGUAUAAUUUUCAUAUGGUUAUUUUGUGUGAAAAUAUAGAACAUGUGGGUUAGGAGGAUAUAUUUAUUCAUUAACUGUAUGACUAUUGAUACUUAGUUGAAUUUGAGACGGAUAUAACUCACAUCUGACUGCAUGCCUACUGUAAAUCCAGCCGCUUGUAUAAUGCGGGCGCCCAUAUGCAGGACUGUUUUAUAAGAUUUUGUAUGGAACCAUAUUUGACUGGUCCUCGCUUGAAACAUACAAUACAACUUCAAACAUAUAGGUAUUACCAAUCACACGCGCGGGCGCCCGCUUCUAUCAUCGGCUGGCCUGAGAGGUAAUUUCUAAAUUGUAAUAACUGUAAUCAGUUAUUACAAUUAAUUUCUUAAAACCUAUUUUUUGAUGCAUUACAAUUAUAUUUUUAUUUAUGUUGUUAUAUUUCAUUAUUUUAUUAAAGAUCUCUGUACAAAACGGAAAAUUUUAUCUUGUGUUAGCCAAGUAUGUGUAUAUUUUAUACUUUUUUGAUGACCGUCUAAUCAAAUUGUGAUUAAUUUCGUAACCUUUUGUACCUUGCAUUGUAUAAUUUUGUAAGACCAGUCGGGUUCAUCCACUAAAUCACGUUAAUGUAAACAAUUAGAUUGCCUGUAUGGGUAUUAUCCAAAUUUUAGGGGUGGUGGCCUAGUAAGAUAAGGUUUGCACAAGAAAAUCCAGAACAGUGAAUUUCCAUCCUGACAGUCUCAGGAUGAUCUUGUAAAAAGGACUGCUUGCAAGGUAAUGAAAGACAUGAUUACAAAAUAGGUUAUUUUUAAGUUUAGCACAUUGUAAUGAUAUGAUGAAAAUAUUUUGUAAGGUUACAAUAUGCAAACACAUUUGUAAGGUGUAAUUCAUGAUGAGUAAAUGUUGAAAAAUACA